AUCGGAACCAAAAGCGCGCCAAGGAACCCGAGAGACCAAAACCCUAAUUUCGCCGACGAGAAAACAUGCCGGAGCUUCCGGAGGUAGAAGCGGCGAGGAGAGCGAUAGAGGAGAAUUGUCUUGGAAAGAAGAUCAACCGAGUCAUCAUCGCCGACGACAACAAAGUGAUCGAUGGAAUCUCGCCGUCCGAUUUCCAGAACUCAAUCCUCGGCAAAACCAUCGUCUCUGCUCGUAGGAAGGGCAAAAACCUCUGGCUCGAGUUAGAUUCUCCUCCCUUUCCUUCUUUCCAAUUCGGUAUGGCUGGUGCUAUCUCUAUCAAAGGCGUUGCUGUUACUAAAUAUAAAAGGUCUGCUGUUAAGGAAUCAGAGGAGUGGCCAUCUAAGUACUCUAAGUUCUUUGUCGAGCUUGAUGAUGGUUUGGAGCUUUCAUUUACUGACAAAAGGAGAUUUGCCAAAGUUCGACUUUUAGAUAAUCCGCUUUCUGUGCGUCCCAUAUCAGAGCUUGGUCCUGAUGCGUUGUUGGAGCCUAUGACAGUUGAUGAAUUCGCCAAAAGCUUAGCUAAAAAGAAAAUAACCAUAAAACCUCUCCUACUUGAUCAGAGUUUCAUUUCAGGUAUUGGGAAUUGGAUCGCUGAUGAAGUGUUGUACCAAGCCAGAAUCCACCCGUUGCAGACUGCUUCUAGCCUCUCCAAAGAGCAAUUUGAAGCCUUACACACAUCCAUCAAAGAGGUGAUAGAAAAAGCUGUGGAAGUUGAUGCAGACAGUAGUCAGUUUCCUAGUAACUGGAUUUUUCAUGCCAGAGAAGAGAAGCCAGGAAAAGCUUUUGUUGAUGGGAAGAAGAUUGAUUUCAUCACUGCUGGUGGAAGGACAACAGCUUAUGUUCCAGAGCUGCAGAAACUCUCUGGGAAAGAUGCGGAGAAAGCAGCCAAAGCUAAACCGGCUAAAAGAGGUGCAAAACCAAAAGAAGAUGAUGGAGAUGGAGAUGGAGAAGAAGAUAAAGAAGAAUUGGAGAAAGAAGAUGAUGGUGCUAAACUGAAGAAAGGACAGAAACCUAAGGGUCGUGGUAAGAAGCCUACAUUGAAGAGAAAAACAAAGGAUAGUGACGAGGAAGACGAUGAUGAUGAUGGUGGAGAUGACAGUGAGGCUGAAGAGAAAGACAUCAAACCCAGAGGCCGUGCUACAAAGCCUGCAAUUAAGACGAAACCUAAAGAGAAAGGUGGUAACAAGAAGCCGAAGGGAAAGAAAAGUUAA